UUUUCGGAUAUGUGCGAUAUGUGUUGCUUUCAAAACAAAACAUUUUUUGCACAAUUUCCAAAGUAUUUUUGUAUUUCAAAAACCUUUUACUUUGGGCAAAGGAGUACAGUACCAAAUAAAAGAGUGCUUCAAUAAAGUUUUAGUCUCCGUUGAUAUUCGUGGUAAGCCAAAAAAAUAACUUAACCUUGAUAACAAGUUCGAACGAAAAAUGCCACCAAAGAAAAAUUUAGAAAAUAAAACGCCAACUAAAAAGGCACCAGGGAAGAAACCCUCAAAACCUAGAGUUCGACAAGUGAAACCUAAACUGAAAAUUCCUACUGUGAUUAGAAUUAAGAUUCCACCAGAAAAUAAUUCUGGGAACAUGUUGCCAGAAAUAACUCAAAUUAUAGUACCAACUCCAAAACUAACUAAGAAGCAGUUAUAUUUGGAAAGGAAGAUGGAUUUGGCCAAUGAAGUUGCUGCCGCUCAACUCUGUAAAAAACCAGCUAAAGUUGAAACAGAACAGACACCAGACAUCAUUGUGCCACCAAAGCCUAAAGCCAAGAGAGGGAGAGCCAAAAAAACAGUUGAGCCAACAGUUGUAGUUCCCGAACCAGCGGUUGUUUGUUCUGAACCUGAACCUAGCACUAGUGCGAGUAUCCCCACCGAUUCAGAAGAGGCAUUUGAAGUAGCAGUACCUAAGAAAAGGAAAUACGUUCGCAAGGAUCCCACAAAGGCAGCUGAGAAGAAACCCGAAACUGUCAAAGCAACUAGAGGUAAAAAAUCCUUGCCAUUGACUCCAGUAAACAAGACUUUGAAACAGACCAAACUUACCGACGUGAAUUCAGGCAUAACAAAAACAACGAAAACGACUCCAAGAGCAAAAAAGAGUUCGCCCAUCGCAGCACCAAUUACCAGGUGUAACACUAGAAGUAGAAAAUUAAACACAGGUAAGACUGAAACAGAAGAAUCUCAGAAAACGGAUGUCCUCCAAUCUCCAUCCAUCUUGGAUCAAGUAGGAGUUCCCACUCUGAAAAAAGAAUUCACCUCAUCAGCUGACACCACCAAAACUGACCCUUACGUCGAACCAGGUGCUAUAGAUUCCCGCAAAACUUCGUUAACAUCUGAAUGCUUAUCUUGGACUAAAGACAUAUCUAGUUCCAGCACGACAUCGUGUGUGACAGUUUGCUCAACAGAUUUCGUCCGGAUUGACAAAAAAAUGCCCAUCAUCAAAAUAACUCCGACAACCGCCCAUCUCAAUCAACCGUUGAACCGCCCACCGUCCACGAUCAAAGAAAACAAUAUGAACGUUGAUAGUUCAUCUUCUUCAGACUCGGAUAGUGACUCUUCCGAAAACUCCCCACCUCAGAGCUUGAGGAGUUUCAAAGAAUUCCCACCAGAACUAGAAUCUCGUUCGUUAGAUUUAAGCACAUCGUCAGUAUCACCAAUCAAAUCGCGUACCCCGUUAAAUAGCUGUCAAAAUAGCGUUAACAAUGAAGAGAUUAGUAAAAUCACCAACGUGAUAGACAAGCUCGCGUCCAAAUUGAAACAUUUCGAUCUGGAGAUCAUCAACUGGAUAGGCUACGAGCACGAAGAAGUUGACAUGGACAGAAAAGAUAUUCAAGAUAUCUUUAGAGUGCUGAAAGAGGAAAACGAGGUUAUCACUCAGUGUCGACAUUUGAGGACGUUGCUAACGGGCAAGGUUGUCGAAGAUACCUAUGAAAUGGAACCUGUUCCGAGCAAGGUGGACACGCCAAACACAAACAAGUUCUUGGACUCGAAUCAACACGUUUUAGAAGACACCCCAGCUGUCCGCGAUCCGAACGAUCAAAUCGCCCAGCCAGUCGUCUGUGCGAUAUCUGAGGGUAGCGAGAACAUGUUCACAUCAGACAAAGUCAAGCACGUCCCGUUCGAGCAGAGCUACGACGAUGAUGACGCAUUAUCGCUAUUCGCCGAGAGCAUCACGGGCAUAGAGUCUUCCAGAGUGAACAGCUCGGCCACGUCGUGCACGGCCGGCGAGUACGAGGAAUACGUCCCCCUUCCCGUCAACAGCGACAAGUGGGAGCCGGCGAAGAGGAUCAGUUACGUGCCCACAGCGAUCGACAAACAAAUCGACGUCAGAACGAGACCCGUUUGCGAAAAACAAAACGCCGAUUCCACGUCCAUCAACAAGGAUUCCGAACAAUACAGAGACACCCCAGUCCAGAAGAACGUUACGCCUUUGAGAAAUAACUCCACGCCGAACAAGAAACCGUGUCUGAUGGCCUACGUUUUUAAACCCCUAGCGGGAAUGAAGAGUGGAGUCUUUCGGGGCAUUUGCUUCUUCAAUAUCUUGUCCAGUUGCAAAAAUACCAGCUGCCGGUUCCCUCACGUGGUCCCGACUUACGACGAGAUAAACGCCAAGAUCGUGAGAGUCAGCGAGGAGACUUUCAUUCAGGAGUACAUAUUGAUGCGCAACUGGCCGACUUUGCGGCGGAAAUAUGGCAUGUGCUUUGUGCACGAGUGCAUAAGGAGGGACCUCACCAGGAUCCUCGUUGAAAUGGGCCUGGAUUUCGUCAUGAAAGAGAACGACAGCUGCUGGGAAGACGCUGUGUUAAAAGUGGAAGUGAUCGAGUGUGUUUUGUUGCAUCUCAAUACGGUCGAUUUGAGCGUGUGCGAAGACCUGUUGUGCUACAAGCAUCAAGGGCAGAUGCUUUGCGAAAUCUUCAUGCAAGCGAUCGCGAACACUCAGAACUUCUCGAGAUUCAAGCCGGUUUUCAUAAAACUGACCAAGUUUAUUUUGAGUCAAGAUAGGACUUUUCCAUUGGAGGUUGCUACCCAGAUUUUGGAGAGGAUAUGUAUAUUACCAUCUGAGCUGCCGCUGUUGGACGCUUUGUUGGCUAUCGUGAAGAAUACUGACCAGAAGAUUCUGCGGAACGGAAUGUUGGGUCACUUCGAGAAUCAGUUGUCUGUUGCGAAUAGGGAGAUGUAUGAGCAGUUGCUGAAGAUGAAGAAAGAUGCUAGUAUGUGCCGGCCAGUUCUGCAGAACCUGUAUGAGCCGUCGCCGAGGCCAGCUGAGAUUGAGCCGGUGGUGGCUAAGCCGCUAGUCAGUGAGCGAGAGAAGAGAUAUACUUCACCGGACACAACCAACCUGGACACUAUGAACAAACCCUCCGAAGAGCCGGCCAUAACGCGAACGGUGGACUUCAACAGAGCGCCUCACAUGUUCACUAUCCAACGGAGUUUCAGCAACUCCAAUACUUCCAAUGACAGUUCAGAGGAGUUCAGGCCACAGGUUGUGUUCAAACCGAACUUCAACUGGCGAGGGCGCGGCUUCCGUAUGCGAGGCAGGGCCCCGGGACACAUGCGAGGGUCCCCGGGACACAUGCGAGGGUCCCCGGGACACAUGCGAGGGUCCCCGGGACCGAUGCGCGGGUCCCCGCGACCCAUGGUCAAAAGACACGUCCAUCAGCAGAAUUACGGACCCAGCCCUUCUGUAUGUAUAACAUCUCAAACGGUACCGAACAGGGAACUGAUAACGUAUGACGAUAUUUGGUAGUUUUUGAUAUGUAUUUUUUUCUAGAAUUAUUAUACAUCAUGGAGAUCAUUUGAUGCUGUGUAAUAUUCAUUAUGUUUUCUAUUCAUUUCACGGCGUAGAUAAA